ACCACAGCCACACAUUGUUUCACUGUCAACAGCUGAGGCCAAAAUCUUUGAUUUAAAGAAGUAAAAUAAGAGAGCAUUUAAAAGAGAGGAAGAGGAAGAGCCAAAUAAUGAGUUUGGGAAUUAGAAGGGAGUAGAAGAAGAAACAUAGAGAAACAAACACAGAGAAAAAAGAGCUAUUCAAAUGAAGGUGCAAGAAGGGUGUGAGGUUGAGGCCAUUAGCAUCAACUACAAGAUUCACACACACAAAACAGAUCACCCUUUUAAAGUCUUCAACAAAUCCCCACAAAAAGGAGAUGAUCAAGGACCAGAAGAGGAAGCAAAAGGUGAAAAAAGUUGCAGUGGAGUUAAGCAUGUUCUCAAGAAUGUGAGUUUCCAGGCCAGGCCAUGGGAAAUCCUAGCCAUUGUUGGUCCAAGUGGAGCUGGAAAAUCUUCACUGCUUGAGAUCCUUGCUGGUAAACACAGUCCACACAGUGGAACUGUGUUGGUGAACCACAAGCCUGUGGACAAAGCUCAGUUCAAAAAGCUUUCAGGGUAUGUUACACAGAAGGACACUUUGUUCCCUUUGCUUACAGUUGAAGAAACCAUGAUGUUCAGUGCAAAGCUAAAGCUAAAGCUUCCACCAGAGCAACUUCACUCCAGGGUGAAGUCACUGAUUCAGGAGCUUGGGCUUGACCAUGUUGCUGGAACCAGAAUUGGUGACGAAAGGGUCAGAGGUAUAUCUGGUGGAGAGAGGAGAAGAGUGUCUAUUGGUGUUGAAGUGAUACAUGAUCCAAGAGUGCUGAUUCUUGAUGAACCAACUUCAGGGUUGGAUAGUUCCUCUGCUCUGCAAAUUCUUGACAUGCUUAAGGUCAUGGCUGAGACUAGGGGCAGAACCAUAAUCCUUAGUAUCCAUCAACCUGGGUUCAGAAUUGUGAAGCUGUUCAGUUCAUUGUUGUUGUUAGCCAAUGGCUCUGUGUUGCACCAUGGCAGUGCAGAUUUGCUUGGUGUGAAUCUGAGAUUGAUGGGUCUAGAGCUUCCCCUGCAUGUUAAUGUGGUUGAAUUUGCCAUUGACUCCAUUGAAACCAUUCAGGAACAGGAAAUAUGUGAGGUGGUUCAGCCAAGGCAAUUGCUAGGGACAGUUCAGCAGAAGAAAGGUGAUCAUGAUGAACAACAACCAGCUGAGGCUAAAACUAAGAGUGGUAAGUUCACACUGCAGCAGCUUUUUCAACAAUCCAAGGUAAUUGAUGAGGAAACAAUCAAUGCUGGAGUGGAUUAUUCUUGUGAUUUUGCAAAUUCUAGAUUUAGAGAAACUAUGAUUCUCACUCAUAGGUUCUCCAAAAACAUCUUUCGUACAAAAGAGCUCUUUGCAUGUAGAACAAUUCAGAUGCUGAUUGCUGGGCUUGUUUUGGGGUCCAUCUUUUGUAACCCCAUGGAUGGUAUAGAAGGAGUAGCAGAAAGGGUGGGUCUAUUUGCUUUCAUAUUAACUUUUUUGUUGUCAAGCAGCAUAGAAGCUCUACCUAUUUUUCUGCAAGAAAAGGAGAUUCUAAUGAAGGAAACUUCUAGUGGAAGCUACAGGGUCUCAUCCUAUGCUAUUGCCAAUGGCCUAGUUUACUUGCCAUUUCUUCUGAUCCUGGCCAUUUUGUUCACAGUGCCAUUAUACUGGCUUGCUGGGCUCAACAAAAAUUUCAUGGCUUUUCUGCACUUUUUGCUGCUGAUAUGGCUGAUUCUCUACACAGCAAAUUCAGUUGUGGUGUGUUUCAGUGCUUUGGUGCCUAAUUUCAUUGUUGGGAAUUCAGUGAUUGCUGGUGUUAUAGGGUCUUUCUUCUUGUUCUCAGGAUACUUCAUAUCAAAGAAUGAGAUUCCUAAUUACUGGGUUUUCAUGCAUUAUAUAUCUCUGUUUAAGUAUCCCUUUGAAGGGUUUCUGAUCAAUGAGUUCUCCAAGUCAGGGAAGUGCCUGAGUUACAUGUUUGGGGAAUGUGUGAUGACGGGUGAGGAUGUGCUCAAAAAAGAAGGUUAUGGAGGAGAGAGCAGUAGAUGGAAGAAUGUUGGAGUCACUGUGUGCUUCAUCUUUUUUUACAGGUUCAUUUCUUACAUCAUUCUAAGAUACAAAUGUUCACAGAGAGGGUUGUCAUCAUCUAAACUCUAAAGCCUGUGGUGAGCUGGUGACUCUCUCUCACUCUCUCUCUCUUUCUCUUUCUGAAGUUCACAUGUCUUGGAUUUUACUAUGAUAGCAACCAAAGAAGAUGUUAUCAACAAAAAAAAGUAUAAAGUAUUACAGGUUUGGUCAGAGCCAACAAACUGUACUAACAUAUUAUGUUGGUUUCUUGUUUUAUAUGAUUACUUAAUUUACUACCAUUGUCUUAUUCUUCUCAA